CGGUGCACGGUGAUCGCCAUACUGGGCGAACGUGACCGAAGACAGAGCGAAAAUGAAUACCAGAGUGUAUGUCACAUCGAACCUAUUUCGCUCAUAGCAGAGGUUUUUAUUUUGACAGUGUGAUCAGCGAGCGGCUCGCGCGAUGUCCGGUACACCGGCCAAGCCCUGAGGGAGUCCAGAAACUGUGGAUUCGUGCGCGUGACCGCGUAAGAUCAGAAAUAUCGCAGCUCGGGUUUCCUGCGACUCGGGUUGUCGCUGCAUGUGUCACUGUGAGUGCUGCUACUACUGCUACUGCUACUGCUACUGCUGCUGCUGCUGCUACUGGUGCCAGAUCAUACACUUGAGACUUGACGUUCACUGCUAGUUCCUCGUUCCACGUUCACGUGUCUACGCGCGUGUGUAUUACUCGGCAGCGGUGCAUAAAUGCAACAUUGAGGAAGCAACUCCGUCGAAUAAUAGCCACCGAUGAGUUUGGCCGCGUUGUGCUCUGUUCGGUGCUGCUCCUUCAAUUAAUCGCGUGUGUGAUGCCCGGGAGUCGCUCCAGCACGGACCCAGAGCACAAGUCACCGCGGGAAAGUGGUGAAGAUUCCGAGGAUGAGAGUGAAAUCCUGGAGGAGAGCCCCUGCGGGCGGUGGCUCAAACGCCGGGAAGAGGUAUAUGUAGGUUCCAAGUCCACGUUAGCCGAAGGCUCUACCUUUGGAGCAGCCAGAGGCAGUGAAAACGAAGUCACUGAAAUGGAGGUGGAGCAACGUGAUGUACCAGGAAUCGACUGUGCCUAUUUGGCAAUGGACACAGAGGAAGGUGUUGAGGUUGUUUGGAAUGAGGUGCAAUUUUCUGAAAGGAAAAACUUCAAAGCACAAGAAGAAAAAAUACAACUUGUAUUUGAGAAUCUGACACAAUUAGAACACCCAAAUAUUGUUAAAUUUCAUAGGUAUUGGACAGAUACUCACAAUGAUAAGCCUCGAGUUAUAUUUAUAACUGAGUAUAUGUCCUCUGGGUCAUUAAAACAGUUCCUAAAACGGACGAAACGUAAUGUAAAAAAAUUACCCCUGCAAGCAUGGAAACGUUGGUGUACUCAAAUAUUAUCUGCACUGAGUUAUUUACAUUCCUGUUCACCUCCGAUUAUUCAUGGAAAUCUCACUUGUGACACUAUAUUUAUUCAACAUAAUGGACUUGUAAAAAUUGGCUCGGUGGCUCCGGAUGCGAUCCACCAUCACGUGAAAACUUGUAGAGCAAACAUGAAGAAUAUGCAUUUUGUAGCACCGGAAUAUGGAAAUUCUGUGACACCCGCCAUUGAUAUUUAUUCAUUCGGUAUGUGUGCUCUGGAAAUGGCCGCGUUAGAAAUCCAAGGGAAUGGUGAUAGCGGAACAAUUGUAACGGAGGAGAACGUUAGAAAGACGAUAGAGUCUUUGGACGAUGUCCAACAGAAAGACUUCAUCCGGAAGUGUCUUCAAGUAGAUCCGCUUAGUAGACCAAGUGCCAGAGAACUUCUUUUUCAUCCUGUCCUGUUCGAAGUACAUUCGUUGAAAUUACUCGCGGCUCAUGCUCUGGUCAAUUCAGCUACCAACAUUUCAGAAACUAUAACCGACGAGGUAUUGCAAAGGCUAUACGGACCGGAUACGGUGGUAGCCGAAAUCAAAUACCAAGGCCGACCACCUCAGCAAAUUCGAUUAAGUGAUAUCCCUGUUACAGAAAAAUUAGAAAAGUUUGUGGAAGAUGUAAAAUAUGGAAUAUACCCGUUGACAGCAUUUAUGGCGAAACUACCACCACCAGUUCGGCCUAGAGCGAUAUCACCCGAGGUGACCGAGUCGGUGAAAUCGGUUACGCCAGAGCCAGUGGACGUGGAGUCUCGGAGAGUAGUUAAUAUGAUGUGUAACGUUAAGCCUAGAGAAGAGAGUUGUGAAUUACUUAUGACAAUAUUGUUACGAAUGGACGACAAAAUGAAUAGGCAAUUAACGUGUCCUGUGAGCCAAGUAGAUACGUCGCUGCUUCUCGCGCAGGAACUUGUACAUUUUGGGUUCAUUAACGAGAACGAUCGUGAUAAGAUAGCGAAUUUAAUCGAAGAGGCAUUAAGGAGUUGCUUUAACAAGCAAAUGAUGACACCAGGAAUGGUAUCAUUAACUAAUCUUCCCACCCAAACUACUUUACUGCUGCCUGGUCCAGAAUUUCCAUGCUUGCAACACUUUGAUAACUCGAUGUAUAACGCGACAACAUCCAAUAGUGAUAGUGUAACUAACCCGCUGCCAAAAACCUCAGGUCUCCCCGUGUCGAGUAACACGAGCAAAAGUCACGACGAAGCUGAACCGACGAAUACUGAGAGCGGUAGUUAACCAUCCAGGAUAUCUGGUAACUCAGUUCACUGUGCCACUUUGCACGCUCUAUGUAUAGACUGGCUAUGUAUUUUUAUAUUUAAGUAAACAGGAGGAAAGAAUGGAAUUAAAAACGAUUAAAAGAAACAACAAAAAAAGGAAAAAAAAAGAAUAAAAAGAAAAGGUGCCGUGGCUAAACCACUAGGCUCGACGCGCAGUAUAAUCUAGUAUUGAUUUUUCUUCGGAACGCGAGAGAGUUUUUCUUCACAAAGUUAUUCCACGUUGAAUUCUUUUCAUUUGUCGGAUCAACUGUUUUUUCGUUUUUUAUAAGCUAUAAAAUAAUUUUAGGAAGCGAGAUUAUAAAUAAAUAAAAAAAAAAAAGAAGAAGAAAAUAAAAUAAAUAAAUAAAGACCGUGUACUACGAUUUCAGUUGAGGAGAAUGUUGAGAUUACGAGUGUAAAACAAGUAUAAGGAACUGCGUCUAGUUAUUACGAAUCAGUCUAUUCCUGUUUCACGUGUCUGUUGUCACCCAUCAUUAGGCUGAUAUAAAGGGCAUUUUUACUAGAAAACGUUUUAAUUCCUCGAGAGCUUGGGUAAAUCAUUUAAAGGAAUAAUAAAUAUAAAAAGAAAACGAAGGAAAUUACCUUGUAUCGCAACGUGACGAAAUGUGUAUCAUAGAAAUUUAUUUUGUAUAUACAAUUUGACGGAUCGAGAGGAGGCGAAAGAAAAUGAGAUAAUGAUUUAAUUAUUAGCUACGGAAUUAGCUUGAUCGUACGGCAAACGCGAGAACGAUGAAUAUUGAGGAAGACUACGAACUACGCACUUAUUUUCGCUUAAAAAUACUCAAUACAUGUUGUAAUUCAUCCACCCCACCCGAAUCAUUCAAAUUACCAAAUUAUAUUUCCUGUUUACAAUGAAUGAAAUAAAAGAAAGAGACCAGGUGUCGUUUCUUUUUUGUUUUGUUUAUUUUUUCUUUUACAAAGAAAAAAAACAAUAAAAGGAGAAACAAUAGUAAUCAGUUGCAGCCACGGCCCUCCUAUACUUCGGUAUUAUUGAUGUGAUUAAAACCAAGGUUAUUAAAUCUCGAUAAAAUUAGCUGAAAUCCUUGUAAAUAAUUUAUAUUUUUAAGAAAAAAAAUCUGUUGACACAGAAAACUAGUCAUAUAGGUAUAUUCGAGUGCUAACAAACUAACACCGACCUUAUUAUGUCUUUUUGCAUUUAUAACACGUGCUUGGCCAAGAGAAUACUGCUCCAAUUUCGUACCUCGGUAAAAGAAAUUUCAGUGACGCAUUUCACUAAGCGAACAACUAACCAUACUAGCGGUAAAGAAGAAGAAAAAAAGAACUAUUACCAGCAAUAUAAACUUCGAUCUUAAGUAUGUAAGUAGUCUUAUCGAAACUAAAUUGAAUGUGUAUAGCUUUAUAAUUCAAAUUAUAAAAACAAGAGAGAAAAGUGCGACGACUAAAAUCGUGGAUAUUAUGAGAAGGGCUGUAUGAUGACAGUGAUAAAUAAAUACUAUAACUCGGAAUUCCACUGCCUGAAAUUUGUUUUCGUUUCAUUGAAACUGUCGCUCCUGUCUUCCUGAUAUCAGUUUCGGCUUCUGCUCUCCUAUGUACUUUGUACCUGGACAUCUGUGGAAACGGAAAACAUGAGUCCGAAAAAUAAUGUGUAUUCUAUACAAAAUUUAUUUAUAUGACCUUAAUAGUGGAAGGACAAACAUGAGCUGUCUUCGAUGUAAAACAUUUUCAUGGAUGGAGCACAAUGAAAAAAAAACGUCCUUAACAAAGAGUCUUCUUAGUAAUUGAUGUUUUUUAGAACAUUUAAUGAGAGAGAGAGAGAGAGAGAGAGAGAGAGAGAGAACGAGAUCAUCGAGAGAGUGUAUACGUGUUUGUAAAGAAAACGUGAGAUUGUAUAUCUUCCGAGUUGUUUAGUUUAACACGUUGCAAGCGUAAUGUAAUACUCUUACAACGCUAGGUAUCUGUUACGUGAUCGGACAUAACGUUAAACAACAUUAUAAAUGAUGAUGAUAAUAAUAACAUUUUUUAAAAAGUA